AUGUCGAGGGUGAGUUUUCUCAAUUUCCAGUACAGCAUGUCAAGAAAGUCCUCAACAAAACCAUCCCAAUUCACCAUGGCCAAGGAGAGGACAAUGUCCGAUACUCUCCCGACGGUCUUUCAGCCAAACGUCGAGGAGAUGAAGCGUGUAUUCAACAAGUUUGACACCAAUCGCGACGGAAAGAUCUCUCAGGAGGAGUACGUAUCAGUAGUGAAGGCCCUGAGAAGAAGAAAUCCAAAAACCGAGACGGCUAAAGCAUUUCAAGCCAUAGAUUCUAAUGGAGAUGGGUUCAUAGACUUUGAAGAGUUCAUGAAAGUGCAUAACAUGAAUGGUGGAGUGAAGACGAGUGAGAUUCAGAGUGCAUUUCGCGCGUUUGAUCUUGAUGGGAAUGGGAAAAUAAGUGCAGAGGAGUUGUGUGAGGUUAUGAAGAGGUUGGGGGAGAAUUGCAGCUUGGAGGCUUGCCGGAAAAUGGUGAGAGGUGUGGAUACUGAUGGGGAUGGAUAUAUUGACAUGGAUGAGUUCAUGAACAUGAUGACUCACACCACGAAACCAUGA